CACACAACAAAACAUUUCAUUUAAUCCCCAGGCCACGUGAUACGUCUACCGUCACUAGGGACGCAACAGAACCAGGUGUGAAUCGAUCGAGUAAAAAAAAGGUAAAUAAUUCUUUUCAAAAUGGCUAGCCGCCUGGCGCACGCGACACCCCUCACGCCUGUCCAAGAGAAAACAUCUCGACUCACCACCCCCCAUCUGGCCCCCAAACCACCGGCCAAGAAAUCGGGAUCACGGCCCGCCAGCACCCCACCGGAGGAGCGACAGUUAAAGCACCCCUGGCUGAAACGUAAGGCCUUGAGCGAAGAAUAUGAAGGUCCCGUCACAGAGAGGGAAGGGUGGUGGCGGACAUAUAUUAGGGAGACCCCACUUCCUGGGGCCUAUGAGAGCGGGACUUUCCUAGAUGAUAUGGAAAAGAAACAAAACACAUACAGAUUCAAGUCAGACGGCAGAAAAAUAGAUCCGCACCCCCACGGUAAAGGAGCCACGCUGUUACCCGGAGCCUACGAAUUCCAACACUUCUUAGAAAGACUUGAACACGCACCUGCCACCUACAAUUUCAGGGCGACAGACAGGAGUAAACAAAACUUUCUAGUUAUUGGACACAAAGACAAAGAUAUAAAUGUUAGUCCAGGGCAAUAUGAUAUGGAAAAAUUUCUGUCCAUGACAACCGACAAACAAUCUUCAAAACACUACAUGUUCCGAUCACAACAUAAAAGGUUCCCUACGCUACCCUUCAAACCUAGAGAUGGGCCUGGACCAGGGAAUUAUGAACACGCCCAUCAACGAUCCCUCACCGCUGUCUCAUCGAGCUUCAAAUCCAGGACUCCACGAUUUUCUAGUUCACAUACGAAAGUUCCUGGUCCUGGGAUGUAUGAGAAGACAUUUCAGCACCCGAUCCCUAACACUGUAUCCACCAUGGGGAGACAGCACGGCCUCUUCUUCACCAGUGCCUAUCAAUCAUAGUGCUCUAAAUCCAUUGUUUACACUUCAUCCUGGCUAAAACAUACAGCACACUUAUACUGAGACUUUGGAUUUGGUCAGAACAAGUGAAAAUUUGGACUUCCAAGAGAUCCUGACAAAUAGAGGAAAACCAAAUCAGGCUUAGUAGGUCGGAUAGAAAAAUAAUGCAACAAGGAAACAUACAUGACAAUUUAUACGUUAUUAUUUGUCAUCGAGUAAUUCAUUUACUUGAACAUUUUACAUACACUUUAUUUGUGCUUUUUUUCUGUGAUAGUGGUUCUCCCAUUUCACCCAUUCUAGUCACAUUGUGGGCAUAGGGUAAAGUUAUUCCUCCCCACUUAAGAAUUAGUUUUGUGGGUACAGGGUAAAACUAUUCCUUCCCACUUCAGUUUCAUGUUUUGUUGCCAAGGUAUUAUAAACAUCAGUAUUAAUGUGUGGUUGAUGAAAAUUGAAAGUUAUAAAUGAUGUUUGUUUAAAGUUGUGUUAGUAAAUGCAGAAACUGUUUUUUUUUAUCCCUUCCUUUUUUUUUUUUUUUUUUACAUUUCCUGCAAAUUUCUAUAAAUUUUUGUCAACCUCUGUAUGAUUCUAUUUAUAUUGUUCUUAUCUUGUAUAAACAUGUAAUACAGAUAUACAGCAGUCACCUGUAAUUUUAAGAAGAUAUGUUUCACUUAUUUUACAUGUAUUUUAAUUUUCUUGUGAUAUUGCUUAGAUUAAAAAAAACAUAUUUAAGU